UAUUUCUAAAAGGCUGUGGAAGUGAGUUCUUCAGAUUUCCAAUAUGGAUUCAAAUCCUACCGAUGAUGCUCAAAACCUACAACCAGAGGCUAUGGCUUCUGGGUCAGUGCGUGAGAAGCGGCGCAAGCGGGCGCGCUCCAGCUCGUCCAGCAGCAGCGCCAGCUCCAGCUCCAGCUCUACGACCUCCUCAUCGAGCUCAUCCGAUUCCUCGCGUAAGGGCAAGAAGUCACGACGCCGCCGUCGCCGUCGCCGCCGUACCAAGCGCCAUGGGGAACGAAGAGUUAACGAACUAGUUAAGGAGGUAAGUGAGCUCCGGAAAUACUUGUCCAAUAUGCACCCUAUGUCGAAUUCCGGUGUAAAUAUGGAGGAAGAUAUUGUGUCGGUGGAUCCAAAUGUAAGCGGCGAGUUGUAUGCGGAGAGCGACAACCACGAGACCAACCCAACUGUUGAGGAGUCGCUCCAGUUGGAAGCUACCACCAAGAUAAAGAAACCCGCAGUUCCUAAAGCGCCGGAGCAGCAUCUGAAGCUUUUAGAUACGCUGCAGCGUUUUAACACAGCUGAAUGGUGUGAUGUUCGUUAUGCCGAUACCCAAAAGAACUACAAUUUCUCACCUGGUUUCGUUGAAUUAGAUAUUAACGAAGAAGUUAAAGCUUAUGAUUCACUUCGCAAUUUAGCCUAUUCUGAUAAAACCUUUGCUGCCCUAACGUUCUGUGCGCUUCAGCAACGCGAAGUAUUGCAAACUAGCUUACGUAGUCUGUUGUCAUGGUAUCGUAACAAUGAAAAUACCAGCUUUGAUACAUUUAGUGAAAAAUUAAAUGAGUUGUUCUUAAAUGGAGAGUUUCCAAAAGUUUCUGCAGACCUUUUACAAUUAAUUUGUGGCCACAGGGCCGAAAUUAUUCAGAUGAGGAGGGACGGCAUAACGAACUCGGUCCGUGAUCCACUUGUGAAGGCUGCCAUUCGAAAGAUUCCACCAUCCAAUCAACAUGUUUUUAAUGCCGAGAAAUUCACAAACACAGUAGAAAAGGCUGGAGGCGUAAGAAAAGCUUUUUGGCCGACUAAAUCAAGCAGCAAAAACCCUGCUCCGCAAGCAGGAACAAACAAGCCUGCCAAGAAUCAAAACCUUCCGCAAAGAACGAAUAAUAAAUCAAUCAUUCUGAGUACAAGCCGUAAACCUUACUAUAGGCAGGCAGGACAUACUAUCGCUGGAGCAGGAGACCAGGAGCGAGGAGUCUGGAACGAGCCUACCACGGGACCAGGAUUAAGUACCUGUUCCCAACAUUUGGACCUUCUUCGCCGGAAGCAGAUACUCGAGGACCACGAGAAACGGUCAGGCUUUCUUUCCUUACCAUCCUCCUUCCUCUCCUACAGUGAUAAAUCGUGCGCUUAUCUCAAUUCCAGUGAAAUCGCGACACGCGGCAUCGGCGGCAAUAUCGUCAGUUUCGUGACCGCACCGCGUGGCAUCUUCACCAAAAUAACCGGUGAUUCUAAGUUGACCUUCGAAGAAUUUACGACAGUAUUGUCAUUAAUAGAAGCAGUAUUAAAUAGUCGUCCACUAUCCCCACUGUCCGCUGAUCCUAAUGACCUUCUCCCCCUUACCCCAGCCCAUUUCCUCAUAGGAAGGCCUCUGACCGCACCUGCCAGCGCUGACCUGACGGGCGCUGCCCCUCACCGCCUGCUACGCUACGACCGAGUCGAGCAGAUGCGACAGCAUUUCUGGAGACGCUGGAGCAAGGAGUACGUCUCAGAGCUUCAGAUCCGCAGCAAAUGGAAGACGAGGGAACAGGACCUGCAGACCGACAUGAUGGUACUGAUCAAGGAGGACAAUACCCCUCCCCUGAGAUGGCGGCUGGGGCGAAUAGUGCGGACCUACCCAGGCAAGGACGGCGUCUCUCGCGUAGCCGACAUACGGACGGCCCGCGGGAUCAUUCAGAGGACGUUCGCCAAGAUCUGUCCACUUCCGAUGCAAGCUGAUGAAGACACCAGCGGUGGCGCAGACUCGACGACCUCAACUGUGACUCCGAGACAUGGCUGACUGAUAGAAAGCUGAUGCUUCCAAGGCCGGCGGGAUGUUCACGCUUUCACGCCAUCUAACGGAUGUGGCGAGAACUACUGGAGGCGCACGCGCACCAGAGAUGCUUUGUCGUCUUAGACCGUCGUUCUUUCAUCUAGUUUGUUUCACAGCGCCAUCUAUUUUAUUGUAUUAGUUUGUAUAAUCAUUAUUGUAAUUCACUUGCCUUUGUGACACCAGCAAAUAAACAGUUAAAAAUUAACGAAUAAUAAAUCAAUCAUUCUGAGUACAAGCCGUAAACCUUACUAUAGGCAGGCAGGACAUACUAUCGCUGGAGCAGGAGACCAGGAGCGAGGAGUCUGGAACGAGCCUACCACGGGACCAGGAUUAAGUACCUGUUCC